UUCCGCACGCGGGGUCAGGCCCUCUCGCCGGGUCACGCCCCCUCCCGCGGGAGGAGGGUCGCCGGCCCCGGGCAUGGGUCGCAGUUUGACUCGCCGGCCAGCCACGGGCCUCUGGCCCCGGACGCGCCCGCGCUGGGCCGCGGCCCUGCUGUCCCGCCCCGGGAGCCGCGGCCCCGCCCCCGAGGCCGGCAGCCCCUCCUCCGACUCGGUGCAGCAGGCCUGGGCCGCGCCGGGGGCCAUCGCCGAGGCCCCGGGGAGCCGGCCGGAGGGCUCCGCGCUCGAGGGGCCCGCGCCCGCCGCCGCGUCGCCUUCGCCUUCGGAGGCCCCGGCCGACUCGCAGCCGCCGUCCUCGUCCUCCUCCCGGCUCUCCUCGCGGCCGCCCAGCGCGAGCGGCGCGGCGGAGGGGCCGCUGCUGCGCCAGGCCGCGUGGGGCGGGAUGGCGGCCGGCACCUUGCUGGAGGCCGGCCUGGCCCGGGUGCUCUUCUACCCGACGCUGCUCUACACCAUGGUCCGCGGCCAGGUGCCGGGCCCGGCGCGCCGCGACUGGUACAACCGCAUCGACCGCACCGUGCUGCUGGGCGCGCUGCCGCUGCGCAGGAUGACGCGCCGGCUGGUGGAGGACGAGAACGUGCGCGGAGUGAUCACCAUGAACGAGGAGUAUGAGACCAGGUUCCUGUGCAACUCCGCCAAGGAAUGGAGGAAAAUAGGAGUUGAGCAGCUGCGACUCAGCACAAUAGACAUGACUGGGAUCCCAACCUUGACUAACCUCCAGAGAGGAGUUCAGUUUGCUCUCAAGUACCAGUCUCUGGGCCAUAGUGUCUACGUUCAUUGCAAGGCUGGGCGCUCCAGAAGUGCCACUAUGGUGGCAGCGUACCUGAUCCAGGUGUACAACUGGACCCCAGAGGAAGCUAUACAAGCCAUUGCCAAGAUCCGGUCACACAUCUAUAUCAGACCUGCCCAAUUUGACAUUCUCAAAGAGUUCCACAGGAAGGUUACUGCCGAGGCAGCAAAGAAGGAGCUGUGUUACACAUGAAGUAUGUAGAUUAGGAAGAACUCAAGACAACCCUGAUGGCGAUAGAAGGCAAAUGUUAAACAGGACCAAUGGAGCUUAAGCCCAGGCAACGUAACCGAAGUGUGCUAAGUAAUGGGUAAUGGUUUUGUUUCUCCCUUUGUCAUGGCUUCGUUUUCCUGAAAUAACACUGUUGUCUGGCUAGAAA